AUGUCCCGUUCGUCCAGUCCCACAGCCCACUGGGAUCACCUCGAGGCCUGGUUGAGCGCAAUGAUGGACACCGUCCUACCCAAGGACGCCAGGGACCUACAGCCCCUAGGUCGAGAGCAACUGGACGCCGAAUUGGACAGCCUGAUGGCCCACAAUCCAACACAGAGCUACAACCACAAAGAAUGGACCAAGAUCAUCGGAAGUCUUGCCCACAAUCUCGUCGCCCAGGCACGGAUAAAUGAGAAAAGCAAACUCGACCUGGAGCAGGAGGCCACAGCGCUAAAACUCCAAGCUGUGGAGGCCCGUAGGAACCAAGCCAAAACUCAGAGUCGCCUAGAUCAGCUACGCCUCGAGACCGAGGAACAGCGAAAGGAAGAGGAUGAAACGGACCCAGAACAGAAAAAGGAAGUAGAAAGACUUCAAAAUUCCCUGGAAAACCUUCGCCGAGACACAGACCAAAGAGAACAGUCGGAGAGAAAAGCCAGAGAGGAACUCGAUGAAAAGCUGCAACAAGGCGAGUCUCUCCUUGCAAGAGCAGAGACUGCACUAAAAGACAGAGAUGCUAAAGCCAGAGCCUGUGAAAAGCACCUGAACAUGGCCCGAGCUGAAAUCCAUCUUGACAAGCUGGCCAGAAACAUCCCUACUUUCACCCCAAACCCUGCAGGAGGCCACGAUGUGCAUGCCUACCUGCAAGACAUAGACUUUCACUUGCACACUGUUCCCAACGUGACCAUGCGGGACAGAGUGUACCUGCUAAGAAUUAUGUCUAGUCGCGAUGUACGCAGCUUCCUGGAUCGACAACAAGAGACUGUCAAAUCAGACUACCUACAGCUACGGCAGGCCUUCAUCAGAGAAUUCUCUGAUCCAGAGUCAGAGCAAGGACUCAUCGCCGCUAUGGACCUCAAACAGGCCCGACUGGAAACUCCACAGGCCUACUACAGCCGCAUCCAACGAGCCUACUCCGGAGCACGGAACGAACCUGGUAUGGAAGAAGAUUUCAACUUCAAAACUCUUUUCCUCCGGAACCUGCAUCCCACGGUGAGCCAUCACUUAGGGGUCCUGGCCUGCCCUCGUAGCAUGACUACCCAACAGCUGCGAGACUUAGCCCAUAAAGCUUUCACCAAGCAGAAGAUUGCUUCUGAA